AGGAAAAGUGCAGCCAAAAGCAGAUAAUUCUCCGAUCUCCAGCAGCGCACGGGGCUUGUACGUGCAGAGAGGAAUUAAAAUUGUUGCAGAAAUCAAUAUACCUAAGUUCUGAUAGCUGUCUUUUCGCAUCAAUAAUCCCUGGUUUCGUCGCUCUGACAGUGUGAUUAAGGUUUGAUUCCUGGAAAUUUCGCACAUGGUUAGGUGAAUUGGUAAGUGCACGGGGCCAGUGAAAGCGCUGAUCAUGGAAAAGGCGGCUGAGACGGCGACGGCGACGGCGGAGGAAGGGAGGAAGAGAAAAAUUACCGUAGAAAACUCGGAGCUGUCAACGUCCUCGAUUAGGUUUAAAACGCGUUGUUUAUCGGAGGCGACACCGGAGAAUUCAGCUUCGUCGGUGAGGUCGGGAAAUUCGACGUGCGAGAGCGUUAGUUCCGGUGGUGGUGUGUUGGGCUCGUGUUGCUCAAGUAGCAGAUUGAGUGAACUGACCAAGGACAGUUCGAAAUUGGCAGAUCUGGAGCAAGGGAAUGAGGUGACAGUGGAUUUCUUCGCAACAUCGGCUGGCGUUUCGGCGGAUUUCACAGAGAGGAGAGAGAAGUCAUCGAACGAGGCUGAAGAACAGUCAGGCGAUCUAGAGUCGACACCUAUGCCACGUGAUUCAAAUUCUCGCCGUCGUUCCACUACGGUUAAAAUGCCAUCAGAGGCUGAACUCGAAGAGUUCUUCGCCACGGCUGAGAAGAAUCUUCACAAACAAUUCGCAGACAAGUAUAACUACGACGUAGUGAAGGACGAGCCAAUGGAAGGUCGCUACGAGUGGAUUCCAGUUCAAUUCAAACCAUGCUCUAUGAAGAAGAAGCAGAAGAAGAAUAAGAAGCAAGCUGUCAGUAUUUAGCAGUAGUCAGAUCGCGGACGAUUGCUCCAUGGAAGUUGAUCAGUCAAAAUCAAACUGGGAAAAGGUGAUAUGGAGAAACUGUGGUCCGUGGUUUCCCUUUACUCUGAAUUUAGAAGAAUUGGUAGGCCAAGAUUGCUUCUUAUCAAUCCAUCAUCUUACAUAGAGAAUUGUAUGAGUCAGUCAGCCCACAAGCUAAGGUUAGCAAUUUAUUAUGUUAUAGUAAUGUACAAUUAUUACUGUACUUUGUUCUUUUUUAAUCAUUCUCAAGGUUAGCAAUUUGUGUUAAAAAUUAGAGUUUAAGUUAUAUAGGGAUCUGGGAAAGAACUAUUGUCUUUGCUGUGAUGAGGUGUAGCAUAACGAGGAAUAAUCAUUAGCUUGCCUAAGAGAAAGAAAUGGAGAGGAAAUAGCAGCACAUGCAAAUAGAUUCUACCCAUGUUCCUAUUUGAUUUACAAGCCAUUACUUUAUUAUAAAUAUAAAUUUACAUAAUUCAAAACCAUAUGACUGGAUCCAAUAAAUUUGAUUUUAU